UUCAUAUUCCAAGUCACGCAUCGUAAGCCCGGUGAAUUAAUAUUUGACAACUGGGUAAAUGUUUGAAGAUUUCGAACCAACUAUUGUUCGCAACCCUCGAUACAUGAAGCAAGGCAUCGAGCCAAUACACGUUCGCUCAUUCCCGUCACGCCGUGAAGGGUUUCAGUCCGAAUUCAUGUAGUGAAGUUAGAAAAAAGAUUGUACCAUAUUGUGUGAACAUUUUGUCUAUAUAUACACCUGAUAGCCAACAGUGUUCGAGGUACACUUCUCAUAUGGCCCUGACCAUAAUACCACUACCAAUAUAGGCCCACAUUAUUUUGAACGUAUCAUAACUUUUUGAGAAAUGGCGCGAAAUUUCCUCCUGGUUGUCGUCUGCUUGCUCGCUGUUGGCGAUCUCCGUACGAGUAACAUUGGGAUGAUGUCGGAAGCUCGUCAGUUCGGCUGGAAGGAAUGGUGGAAGAACACGAUUAUUUAUCAGAUCUACCCAAGAUCUUUCAUGGACUCCGAUGGCGAUGGUGUUGGUGACCUUAAAGGAAUAACAAGCCGCCUCCAAUAUUUCGUCGACAUCGAUGUAGGAGCGAUAUGGAUCAGUCCCUUCUUCCGGUCCCCUUUCGCCGACUUCGGAUAUGAUAUAUCCGAUUUCAAGGACAUCGAUCCGGUCUUUGGAACCCUCGAUGACUACGACGAAUUGAUUAAGGAAGCACAUCGAUUAGGAAUCAAAGUGAUCUUGGAUUUCGUACCAAACCACUCGAGCGACCAGCAUCCUUGGUUUCUAGAAAGCAGAAAGAGUCGGGACUACCGGAACCCAUAUCGGGACUACUACAUUUGGAAAGACCCGAAGGCUGGUUGUACUUCUGAUGACCCUCGGGAAUGUUUGCCUAACAACUGGGUCAGUGUUUUCGGAGGCUCAGUAUGGGAGUGGGUUGAGGAAAGACAACAAUUUUAUAUGCAUGCCUUCCUGAAAGAACAACCUGAUCUAAACUAUAUUGAUGGUGUGGUCAGAGAUGAAAUGAAGGAUGUAGUUCGUUUCUGGAUGGAGAGAGGUGCAGACGGUCUCCGAGUCGAUGCUGUAGCCCAACUCAUUGAAGAUCAUUACAAUAGGGAUGAACCGCCUAAUCCAGCAUAUGAACCAACUGGCAAAGAAACCAGGCCUCAAUGGGAUAGCCUCCUACACAACUACACGUUUAAUCACCCCGAGCACCACAUCGCUAUCAAGUCCUGGAGAUCUGACGUCAUGGAUAAAUACAGCACCGAACCUAAUUACAGAUUCAUGAUGACCGAAACUUACGAUGACCCUGCUAACCUUCUCGACUACUACGGCACCGAGGACGAACCGGAGGCCGACUUCCCUUUCAACUUCCAGCUGAUCAGUCUGAACGCAGACAACCUCUCAGGAAACAAGGUCUUUCAGCUGGUAUAUGACUGGAUGAAGGUCACCACUGGGGACAAGUGGCCCAACUGGGUGAUCGGCAACCACGAUAAUUUCCGAGCAGGGCACCGACUGGGCAAGCAGUUCGCCCGUGCUGCCAAUGUACUGAACCUUCUGCUACCAGGUACACCAACCUCUUACUACGGUGAGGAGCUGGGUAUGGAACACAUCAGUGUCACCUUCGAAGAGACACAGGAUCCUUGGGGCAAAAACAACCCGUGUUGCUGGGAGACCUACUCACGUGACCCUGAGCGUUCGCCUAUGCAGUGGAAUACGGAGAAGAAUGCUGGUUUCAGUAUUGCAGAGAAGACUUGGCUGCCGGUCCAUCAAAAUUACUUGACUGGAAUGAACGUAGAGUCGCAACUCAAGGACCCGAAAUCGAUGCUAAAUCUCUACAAGACCCUCGCGAAAAUCCGCAAGGUCCGCCCAGCCUUCCACACCAACACUCUCCAGUAUUCCGUUGUCAACGAGAACAUCUUCUCUUUCCUGCGGGCACCAGCCGCCGACGAAUCGCAGUACCCGUCUUAUCUGGUGGCCAUAAACUUCGGCAAGAGCGGCCCCGUGAUUGGUGAUUACGCUGGAGCACUUCGGACCAAUGGCGUGACGCUAGCGGCCAAUGUGGGCGUGGUGGAAAUAAGCUCGAACGUGGAUAGGGAUGGAGAUAAAGUGUUAUUGAACUCUAUUGAGCUUCGAUCUGGUGAAGCACUGGUUGUUCGUAUUGGAGAAGAAAGGGAUGAAUUAUAAAAUACACGUCGAUUCUCAUCAACUAAAUGAAAUUAUUGAAAACAAAUGAAAUGUGCCAGGUGCAAAAAGAAAUAUGUAUAUAUAGGUUUUAUGUAAAUGAAGCAUUGAUAUUAUAUUCUGCUUACAAAUUCAGUUACAUGUAUAUGAAUUUUAACAGCGGACUGGGGCUGGUAAAGGUUUCAAGAAGAAUGAAAACCUCGGGGGAAAACUAGAUUUCAAUGAAAAGAAUGAAUAGAGAAAAUCAAUAUACAGUAGUACCAUCAAAAUAAAGGUUGAAAGUGUAAAGUCAUUGUCUAUGGCGACCUUCAAAUUGGCAAAUUUACUUCAAAAUGACAGGUUUAGUGUAUGUUUUUUUUUAAACACAAAUUCCUUAUUUCCUCUAUUAUUAAUCAAGGUGCAGCUUGUAUCCUUCGUAACUAAAAGACAGUGGACAAUCUUUAUAGAAAGCAUCUGAUUUUAUGUACACGCCAUCAUUGCAAAUUGUAUCACUUGUUGGAACAUUGCCAAUUUGAGGAUCAGCAUAGUAUGACUGAAGAUUUUUCAUACUUUAAUUUCUGUUCUCAAAUGAUGAUACUGAAAAUUUAUCUUUUAUUAUUUUUUUUUGCAAAGCAUUUUUUUAGGGGGAGGGUGGUUUGUUUUCGCUCUCUCUCUCUCUCUCUCUUCAUCAAUAUCGAUAUUUUCCAAAUGCCACAUUCUUAUCUGAGGCACACAUAUGAUUUGAUGAUUAGCGUAAUCCUAUUCUUGAUUUACCAUGGAGAAAUUUGAUGAAAAAAAAUAUAUUAGGAUAGGUAUACAGGUACUUCAAGAUUAACUUUUAUCUAGCGCCAUCUUGUGAUCAUGAUAUACAAGGAAAUACACCGUAUUUUGAUUCCAUUUCAAUUUCUGAAAUAUCUUUUAUUUUUUAUUGAUAUAUUGCACUAAACUAUAAGCCUAUCUAUGCAGGUGAUCUUUAAUAUUAAAAAUGAAGUUGUGCAAUGUUUAGAAAUCGAUUUGACUGUGAAACUUCUUAAUUUAUUGUGUCCAGUCUUUGUCACAAAAUUUGAUGACGUUUUAUUUGAUACGUUUCCAUGGACGCUGGGGCAUUCCAUUGUUUUUUUUUGCCGUGCAUGUUCCUCUUUUUAAAGCAACGGGGGGUGGGGGGG